GCCCGGAGUGAAGCCGCGUUGCACACAGGCGGGCGAGCAUGGAGCCGGCGGCCGGGCCCGGCUGGAGCGGCCUUUGCCCGGCUCCGGGGGGCCAGGGGGGCACCCAGCCGGGACGGGGCUCCUCCGCGGCCGGGAGGGCCCCGGGGGCACAGGGCAGCUGGUCGGGGGCGGCUGGCGGCAACUGGAUCACGGCUCACCCCACGUUCACAGAGAUGAUGUCACUGGAUGUGUCUGACAGCACUCAAGUCUACGCUGCCUUUUUGGUGUACCUGGACCUCUUGGAAGGGAGGAGCUGGCACUCGGUGCAGCCGGUGGGCGUGGCGGAGCUGCAGCUGGUGUGUUUGCAUGCCCGUGCCAGGGAGCAGGAGGGGCUCCAGGUGAUGGUGCCAGUGCCUGCACACGUCCUGAUCAGCCACGACAGGUUAAGGGAAAUACUGAAGAAAGCCUCUCUGCCUCCAGAGGAUCCCGACACCCUGCUGUCAGUUACCUUGGCCAUAGUUGAGACAGACUCCACAAUAGUUUACUAUAAAAUGACUGAUGGCUUUGUAAUGCCAGAUCCUCCUGAUGAUACCGAAGAUGUGGAUAAUAAACAGUGGAGGAAGAAAAGAAAGAAACUUUUCAAAUGAUUGGGCAGAAAAAACAGAACGUUUCUUGAACUCCUGUGCUCAAACCCAAACAAAUGCAGGAACUGAUGUGUGUGAAUAAAUGGUGUGCUAAAGUCUGCCUUGGCAUAUCAAGGAUGUGUUGAGGGAGAACAGAGGCUUGUGCAGCUGCCCUGUGAUGAAAUGCCAUUUGAGGUAUGAAGUAAGUCAUGCUUUGACACAGAUCAGUCCUGACUAAUAAAUACUCUUGAGAAGUG